AUGAGUGACGAAGAUGAACGACCAACAAAUUUGAAUACAGAUUUACUUCAUGGAAAUAAUAAUCAUCGUUUAUCUGCAAUUAAAUUAAAGCUUCAAGAAUUAACAUGUGAAAAAACAAAAUAUAAUGUUGACAAAUUAACUCAAGAUGCAGAUUUUUUACGAAAUGAAAUAGGUCAUUUGAGUUCUGCUGUCGCUGAUAUUACCAAAGAAAUUAUUGCUCAAACAAAUAUUAAAAAGACUUUGAAUGCUAAAAUGCAAAUUCUUCGAUCUAAUUCAAGACUUCGCUUUACAAAUUUAGAAAUAGCACUUCAUGAUAAAGUACGUUAUGAAAAAGAAUUAGAAAAAACAAAUAAAUCAGAUGAUUAUCGAAAAUUAGCACAGCAAAAAAUAGAAUCAAUUGUUAAAGCUUUACCUCAAUUAGAAGAACAAGAUAAAUAUGUUCAACAACUUGAUCAAGCUGAAAAUGCACAAAUAGCAGCACGAAAUAAGCGAGAAAAACUUCUAGAAAAUUUAAAUUCAAAGUCACGUAAACAAGCUGAAAUAAAACAAUUAUUAGCCGAUAGUGCAACAAAAUUACCUCUACUUGAAGCAGAUAUUGCAAAUUUACGUUUGGAACGUGAACAUAUUUUGACAUUAAUCGGUAAGAAAAAACAGCGUCAUCAUUCACCUACCCCACCAGGAAAAUCAAUCGAUACACCUGCUCAGUUGUUUGCACCACUUGAACGAGAUACUUUGGAAUAUGAAAAACAACAGUAUAGUGAACAAUUAGAAAAAAUUCGUUUAUUAUUAAAAUAUUUUCAUGAAAAAAUAUCUGAACAUAAUUUAACAAAUAAUGAAACAUUAUUUCCAAUACCAUCUUCCGAAUUAAUGUCACCACUUUAUCAACCAUUAACACCUUUUGAAGAACAAACAAUUCUUUCAUCUUAUAUGGAUGAACAUGAUGAUGAGAAUAAUUCAUCUAUAAAAACAAUAAAAACAAAUGAACCAACUGUUGCUAUUGCUAUGAAGUUACCAAAAAAUUUUAUUCCAUUAGAUGUUAAAUCAACAAUAACAAACGAAAUAAUACAUUCACCAUAUUAUCAAGAAAGUUCGAUUGAAUAUAAAAAAGAAUUACCAUCAGAUAUUGUUAAUAAAUAUGCUGGUGUUACCAAAAAUAAACAACAAAAAUCAACUCAUAGAAGGAAAAAUAAGAAGAAUAAAAAAAAUUUUGUUAUGACACAUUCAUCACAAAUGAUAAUUUUAUACAAUGAUAUUCGCACAUCUACGGGCGAUUGUGAUACUCUUCCAUCGAUGCCCAUGUAUGAAUAUGAACUUUCACCAACAAUAAAAGCUCUUCAAUUAAUGGAACAAAGUGUUGAAUCAUAUUUAAAUGAAUUAUCAAAACAUUAUCAAGAUUAUUUAUCAGUACGAAUUGAUGAAGAACAUAGUGAAACUCCUGAAGAUGAUGAUAUUCAAGAUUCAGCUUUGGAUACAUUUUCUGAAACAUCAUCAUUAGUUGAAACAACAAAUCUUUCUAAAGAUUUAACUUCUAUUAUUCCACUAUCAAUGAAUAUACCUCAAGCACGUUCAUCAACAUCAUCAGAUGAUAAAAAAACAAUUGUUUCAUCAUCAUCUCCUUCAUCAUCUCAUCAUAGUCAUUCGAAAGUUGAAAAUCAAUCUUCAUCAAUUGUUCCAUUAACAACUGUGGAAGAAUUACCAUCACAAAUCUCGCCAUUAACAAUGCAAAUUGCUCAAAUUGAACGUCAAAUAUCUGAUGAAGGUUAUCGUUCAGUUAGAAAUGAAACACAUCCACAUCCAACAACUAUAAAUAAUAAUUCACCAUUAUUGACUCAAUCUCAUAGUUAUAGUUGUACUGAAAAAGUUGAUAAAUGGUUAUCAAAUGCAACAGCAUCAUUAUCUAUAUCAAGUACAAAUGAAUUUAUUGAUCUGGAUAAUAAUACUAGUUUUCAAGUAUAA